AUGAAACAUACAGGAUUUGCAUAUUUUUUUGCUUUAAUUGGUGGCCUUUUUGGUUUACAUCAUCUUUAUUUGGGUCGUACUCAACAUGCUUUAUUAUGGUUUACAACAUUUGGAGGUUUUGGUAUUGGUAUUCUAUAUGAAUUAUUAUUUUCAAUAAAAAAAUAUGUUCGUGAAGCCAAUUCUGAUAAUAUAAUACUUGAUGAAUAUGAAAAAAAAAUGCAAGAACAAAAAUCACCAGCUUUUGAAUUCAUAAGAUUUUGUGGUCAAUAUAUAACUGCUUUAUUUUAUGGUGUUAUUACUUAUUAUGCUUUUCCUGAUACAUGGCUUCAAAAAACAUAUCCAUCAUUAAUUAUUGGAUUAAGUAGUGCUUUUGCUAUUGCUCUUGGUACGCAAUUAGUUGGUACACUUGGUCCUCGUCGAUGUUCAUUUAUUUGGCCAUUAUUAGGUGCUUUACUUGGAGCACCAUUUUUAAUUUGGAAUGGUGAUGCAUCACCAUCAUUUAAUAUUGUAGCAUUUUUUUCAUGUUGUAUAUUUGAAUGGAAAAUUGAUUGGGAUAAAGAAUAUUUUUCAACUAAAGUUGAAAAGGAAACAUCAUUAUCAUCAAAAAAAAAAGAACGAAAACGACGUCAUAUUAUAAAACGUUGUCUUAUACUUGGUUUUGGUGCAUGUAUAUUUUGUACAAUAUUAACAUCAACUAUUUAUCAAAAUUUACAAGUUGAUAUUAAUGGUGAACGUGUUAAAAUAAAAGAUGUUAUAGCUAAUUUUUUUAAAUCACAAGAAUAUAUACAAUUAUGUCAACAGUUAUCAAGUGUUGUGCAACAAUUAUAUGCUUUUUAUUUACAAUUUGGAUUUAAAGGAAUAUGGACACAAAUAUGGGCAGCAUUAGAUUAUGAAAGUGAUAAACAAGCAUUUGAAGUUCUUGGUAUUGAUCCUAAAGCAUCACAAAAAGCAAUUGAAAUUCAAUGUCGAACUUUAUCACGUAAAUGGCAUCCAGAUCGAUAUCGAGAUCCAGAAGCAAAACAAGAAGCUGAAAUAAAAUUUAUGAAUAUUCAACAAGCAUGUAAUCGUUUAUCAACAGAACGUAAACGACGUCAUGAAAUUAAUACACAAAAACGUGAAAAUCCAAAUUAA